AUGGAAGACCCAGGAUUUGAUAAAUCACCAUCUCUAUGCAGUACUCCAAAGGAAUCUGAGACAGCAGCUCUACAGAGCACUAGUUCAGGGAAACAGCCAAUGAGUGCAGCCUUGAGGGAGCGAUUAAGGAAAACAAGACGUUCCUUUAAUGCUAGUCUUACAGUGGCAAAACGUCUCAAAAUAGACACUGAAGAAAAAGACUGUGCUAAUUCUGACAAAGCUUCUCUAUUGAAGAAUGCAGACUUUUCCAGGUUACAAGAUAGUCCUGAAAUCCUGGAAAGAAAUAGCCCUACACAUGCAUGUUUCAAAAGUUCUUUACAGAAAAAUCCUCCCUGUGAAUCAGCAGAGAACUCUAAUGUGCUAAGGACUAAUCUUAGUCACCAACAGUCCCUGGAAGAGAAAGCACGGCUGCUGAAGCAAGUGCAAGAGAAAGAAGAUCUACUUCGAAGACUCAAACUAGUCAAGAUGUACCGAUCUAAGAAUAACCUGUCUGAACUGCAGGCUUUGAUAGUGAAAUGGAGAAGUAGUACCCAGCUGAUGCUAUAUGAGCUACAGUCAGCCUUCUCUGCAGAUGGCAAGAAAGUCAGUCUCACUCAGCUGAUAGAUAAUUUUGGAUUAGAAGACAAAUUACUACACUACAGCAGAACAGAAGAAGACUUUGUAGAUACAUAAUCUACAAGUGCAAAACUUUAAAUUACAGAUGUGUAUAACUGGAAAAGACUGAAUAUAAACUUUGUGUAAAGAA